AUGGAAGGCAACUUAUCUACAACAGCCGUUGUGGGAACCAUAGGUUACAUGGCACCUGAACUGAUAACAACGGGAACUUCUACAAAAGCCGUUGUGUAUGCAUUUAGUGCUUUCAUUCUUGAAAUAACAUGUGGAAGGCGACCUGUGGUACCUGAGUUGCCGGUGGAUAAGCAAUAUCUGGUCAAGUGGGUUCGUGAGUGUUGGAAACAAGGUUCUUUACUCGAGACCAAAGAUCCAAGAAUGGGAGGAGAAUUCUUAUCCGAGGAAGUCGAGUUGGUUCUGAAAUUCGGUUUGCUCUGCAUAAAUGCUGCGCCAGAAUUAGGCCUGGCAUGGGACAAGUGA